AACUAUUCUCCGUGGGAUAAACACGUCUCGUCGUUGAAUGACAGCGUUGUUAUGCACUGUUGUUUCUCUAAAUAGGGACCGUGUGCAGUGUCCGUUUAUUGCUGGUGUACUCUCCCUCUCUGUCCGAGUGUCCCUGUUCAACAGUAAAACCCUAGGCCUAGAGUGGAGAAUAACCCAAAGCCUCUUUGCGUCUCUUUUUCUCUCUGUGUUUCUGUGUGGGUAAAACUGAAGAACAAAAAUCGAAAAGAAAAGAAAGAAUGGUGAUAGAAAGUUACGUGGUGGUGCACAACAUUGCGAAGAGGCACAACAUUGCGAAGAGGCACAACGUGGGCACUCUGGCACGAAGCGCCACCGCAUUUGGCGUGACGGAGCUCAUACUUGUUGGCCGUAGGGACUUCAAUGCUUUUGGUAGCCACGGCUCCACAUCUCACCUCCGAUUCCGCCAUUUCCACUUUCUCCUCGACGCCCGCCAUUUCCUCAAGGGGAAGGAUUGUGAUAUUUGUGGUGUGGAGAUUGCCAAUGGUGCUUUGCCAGUCAAUGAGCAUCCUUUCAAGAAGAGCACGGCGUUCCUUCUUGGCAACGAGGGAACAGGCCUAUCUGCUAAAGAAUGUGAGAUAUGCGACUUUUUUGUUUAUAUCCCACAAUAUGGGUGUGGUACAGCCUCAUUAAAUGUUACCGUAGCAGCUUCCAUUGUUUUGCAUCAUUUUGGAGUUUGGGCAGCCUUUUCUGAGAGAACCCGUGAUGGAAAUAAGUUUAUUGUGGCAGAGAGACCUGUGAAACAGGUGAGAUACUGCACAGAAACUGAAGAAUCUAUCAUUGCAGAGCGAAAAUCUAGAAAAGAACAUACCCGUAAUGGAUUCUUUGAUGAGACAAGAAAUGAAGAUUCAACUUCUAACCUUCUGGAUGUUUUGUUUAGUGAGUAAUUGAACUAUGUAAUUUUUCUCGACCUGAUAAAACCCAUUGAUGUCACGAAAUUCAUGAGGUACAAGUGUGAGGUCAUGGAUCGUCCUGGUUAUGCAUUGUUGUAAGGAAGCAGCAAGCAGCUUAUAACAACCGCUCAGUAAGGAGAAAAGUUUAUCAUCAGUGAAAGUUUUGUUAGUUAACCUAUUUAAAAAGGAACUUAAUGAUAGGGUUAUGACAUUUGCAGGUUAACUCUUCAAGGAGAACAUUAGCGGUAAGGAAAUGUUGAAAUUGAUUUUGAGUAUAA